AUGCGCCGGCGAGCCCCAUCUGCAUCAUCUGUAGGGGAACCAAUAUCGAUCGUUACCAACGUGUUUCUGCCUCACAGUUGUUCACCUAGUCCAACAAGAGUAACGGAUAUGCACAAGCAAUGCUACUCUCCUUCAACUCACCAAAUGGUUCGACCGAAUAUGCCGUACUCUGCUACUCCUAGCCCGACCCAGAGCCCAACAAGGCAGCGACUGCUUAGGAGCCUUUCUCCUAUCACGACGAAGACUGCUCUCAAGCGGCGGUAUACAGCAGGCGUUGAUGAGGUAGAUGCGAAGCGAAGCUGUGGAAGUAGCGCUGUAACGGGGGUAUUCGUGCGCAAUUCCACUUCACCACUCGUCACUGACCGCAGCACCCCGCACACUUCAAAUGUACCGCAGGAGUUUGUUCAGCCAAUCCCGUGA